AUGUGUGAGGAGAGCGACAGCAAGGUAUCUGUUGAGGAAAAGAUCAUAGAAGCGGAUCUAAAUAGGAAAGAGUUGACGAGACAGGUUGCAGAGAAAGAGGAGACGUGUAGAAAGCUGAAAUUGGUCAAGAUGUACAGGUCAAAGAAUGACCUGGAAGCACUUCAAAAUCUGAUAGAGAAGUGGAGGGAAGGAUGUCAGACAUCCAUAUUGAGACUGUACGAGAAACAUCCAGAACCCAAGCCAUCUCUAGGUGACUUCAUCAACAGCUGCAGACUGGACAAAGACCUCAUCAAAUUUGAUGAAGAGGAGGAGACAUUCACCUGAUAGCUCCUUCCUUCUUUCUAAGGGAAAGUAGGUAGGAACAGAGGUUUCCAGUAAGAGCUGAUCAACAACCCAUUGUCUUUAGACUACAAGAGGCAUCAAGAACAUGAGCCAUCUCUAGGAGACUUCAUCGACAGCUGCAGACUGGACAAAGACCUCAUUAAAUUUGAUGAAGAGGAGGAGACAUGCACCUGAUAACUCCUUCCUUCUUUCUAAGGGAAAGUAGGAACAGUGGUUUCAGUAAGAGCUGAUCAACGAUCCAUUGUCUUUAGACUUCAAGAGACAUCCAGAACAUGAGCCAUCUCUAGGCGACUUCAUCAACAGCUGUAGUGGACAGAGACGGAUAAAGACUUCAUCAAAUUUGAUAAAGAGGAGUAGAGAUAUGCUCCUGAAUGUUUCUUUGUAUUUUCUAUGGGAAAGUUACUGGGACAGCAAUUCUAUUAAGAGCUGAUUGACAAGAAGAUUCAAAGAUGAAGCAUUUAAGGGGGUGUAGCAUGGCAAAUACUGGUUAACGCCGUCUACGACUUAUUUUGGACAACUGCACGUAAACAAAUGGACUUGAUUAACGAUCAGCG